AUGAAACUGCUUUUGCCUUUUGUUUUGGCUGCCUUUGGAUUUGCGAAUCUUUUUUUUCGCAUCUCCUCAAGCCCGGUCAAUUUCACAGAUGCUCCUCCGACCGAAUUUAUGGAAGAUCCUUGUGACCAUUCGAUGAAAUACAAUGCCACUCAAUUUUCUGGCCUUGUAGCUGAGCUCGACCAGCUCACUUCCCUCACCAAUUCGAUGAAUAGCGAAAGGGGGCAUGCAGUUUGCCCUCGCAUUUUCCUUCGCAAAGAAUUUCGAGACAUGUCGCCGGCAGAAUGGUCUCGCUUCAAGCGGGCCCUUUUGAAAAUGAUGGAUGGAUCCACCACCCCCCAAGCGAAUACUGGCGAAGAUGCGCUUCCGCCGCCAACUUCAAUUACUUUCUGGACCCAUCUCCAUUUGGCUUCUGUUCCGCACGCACAUGGUACGCCUCAAUUUCUCCCCUGGCAUCGGCUGUUUUUGCACAAGUUUGAACUCGCACUUCGGUUAAUCGAUCCUUAUGUCACGAUCCCUUACUGGGAUUGGUCCUUGGAUGCACCGAAUCCAGCAUCCUCCCCGAUUUGGUCGCUGCCCUAUUUAGGAACUGUCUAUUCCGAAAGUGGCGAUUGUAUUAAUUUUCCCGUUUUAAAAUCGCCUCGUCCUCAUUGCUUGAAGCGGAGACGAAUAUUUUCUCCCCAAAAUGACCAGGCCGGUGCUGCUCCGUUUUACUCUGCAAAAACAUUGAAGGCUGUAGUUGAAGACAUGUCACUGACAUAUGACCGUUUCCGGGCUUUGAUUGAGCUGGCACCCCACAAUAUUGUUCACGUGGCCAUUGGUGGCUCUGAAGGGGACAUGUCGUUCAUGUCAUCGCCGAACGACCCCAUAUUUUGGCUACAUCACACGUUUAUUGACAAACUUUGGGCUGACCACCAGGAUCUUUCCAUAGCGCAAAAGGGAAGGUUUUCUUCGCUCACCGAUUACAAUGGAGAAAACCCGCUUACACAAACGGAUGUCUCUCUUUCCGACAGGCUUCGACCCUUUGAGGAAUCCGUCCACGAGACAAUGGAUUAUAGCGCACCUCCAUUUUGCUACAAAUAUGCGCCGCCAAGAAAGGCGGUUGCCGCCUCUCUUGCAAGUAAAAGACAUUUAGCGGAUGCGAUCCACAUCCAGCGGCUUCCAGAACCGAUCCCCAACUCUUGGCUGCGAAUGCAUCGCUUUAACAUAAGCCAGGUACGAGAAGCCGAAACGAUUCUCGCGAUGAUGAUGGCUCGUGAGGCAAAUUGA